AUGGGUCUGCUUUCCUGGGCAGAGGGAGUAGACAACAAACUCCAAAUGUUAGAAGCACAGUUCAAAGAAUUGGACUUUGCCAAAGAUAAUCUCACAGAGAAAUUUGAAUAUCAUAGCAAGACUUUGGCAAGCCAGGCAGCCCAAGAUGAGAUGUGGACAGCAGUUCUAGCCCUCAGGUUCACUUCAAUGGAGAUGAAUAUUUUAUACAGCUAUGUCAUUGAAGUCUUUAUCUGCUUACACACUCGAGUGCUUGCAAAGCUGCCAGACCUGAUGAGAAGUCUUCCCACCUUAGCCUCUGUCCUUAGACGCAGAAUCAAGAACAAGAACAUCAGGGUCGUGUGGGAGUCUGUCCUGGAGGAGUUCGGGCUGCAAGACGGAGACAUCACUGCACUCUGUACCUUCUUCAUCGCGUAUGGUAACAAGGCUGAACACUACCCUGCUAACGUGAGGCAGAUGUACAUCAGGGAUGUCACUUUCUUGAUCACGAACAUGGUGAAGAACCAGGCUCUGCAGGAUGCUUUGCUGAGGGCUGUCCAGGUAAUCGAGAAGGGAAAAGUAGUGAGGGCCUCCAAAGAACAAAAGUCACCCCUCAAAGAGUUUAUACCAUCGUUCAAAAAGUAA